ACAUACUAUCCACCACCAUAAGCGGCUUGCUGUCCACAGCAGAGGCGGAAAGCGUUGCCUGGGCCCUUGAUAUGAUUGACAGUAUGCUCCAGACAAGGUCCAUGCACAGAAAACGUUGCCAGGGGAUCAUACUAACCGCCCAAGCUGAAUGCAGCCUUUUUGUUGGUCUUCCAAGAUACCGAAUUCCUCCCCUAUGACCUCCGCACCAAAGCCCAGAUUCUUGACUUCAUGAACAACUUUCUUCGCUACGCCUGGCCAACAUCCCAGAAUCUCUCUCCUGUGGAGGCGCAUCCUGCCGCUGGACACCAGAAAGUCCACCACAAACAGAAAAAUGGACACCGCCGUGGCGUACCACCCCUCUCCGAAAUUGUAACCCAAUUCAUACUACUUUGCAAUAACGCAUCCACCAAAACGCAAGGUGAAAAACCAAGGCGGAUUACGGCGCGGCUACUGAUGCAGGCCGCUCUUGAAGAAUUACCGUUGCCAGAGAGGUCGCCCGAGAGCCUCGACCAACAACUUCUUAAAGCGGUCGAAAAUCUCAAUGCGGCGCUGACAAGGCAACUGGGCAUCGACAUGGCAAACUACUGGUCACCGCCAGGGGGGAUCUCGCUGGCUACCCAGGUAGAAACAUUCUCCCGGGAAAUGCCCCUGCCACGCCUCCAAGAUGCGAUAGUCGAUUUUGUGUCUGGUCUAAUAGAAGGAUUGGAGGCCCCGGUACUCGUCCAGCUCGAGCGAGGCCAACUUCAGGGAUUGAAUCGCGCUGAAACGCAGCAGCUAAAAGACCGGGUGGGACUUAGAUGAUCCAUGGCCUUGUAGCACACGCAUUACUGUUGACUAAACUGGUUUGACUUGGCACACAGCAGGUGUAUAUGGUUGUUAAUUUCCUCUUAUCUCGCUCUUCCCACAUUGCCUUCGUCAACAGACUGAUAAUGUACAUGAAGACCUGGCAGGGUCCAAAACAGAACAAAAGGCAUGCCAAGUUGUUUAGAGACAUACCCCGUGGACGAAACAGGCCCUUAUUGUUGCAUCUAGCCGAGCAACAUGCGACGCGGGUCCUCGAUAUACUCCUUGAUCUGCGAUCGAAAGUGAUCAGUAAAAAUACACCCAAAUCAACCCGGUAC